UCGAACAUCGAACAUCGAACAUCGAACAUCGAACAUUCCUCCUCUGAUAAUAAUAAUCCAUGAAUGAAUGUAUCCAUACAUACAUACCAUGCCAGGAUCAAUUUCCGUCUUUUUAUUUCUCAUAUUAAAAUCACAUCCUAUUCUAUGACUUCUCCAUGUUCUGUCUGCUUUGGCUCUUGCAAUAAUCCAACAAGAUCUUCCAUUUCAAUGAUCAUUGCUUCAAGUGAGCAAUCAACAAAAUCCUCAUUUACAUCACCAUUGGUCUAACUGAUCAACCAUCUACCUUGACACGGCUCCGCCUUCUCCGUUCCCCAAAUCAUUCUCACAUAAUGAAUACUCAAGAUACUCAGGAUAUUCCAAAUCUCAAUGAUCCUCGUGCUGUACCUACAGAUCCCUAUCGUGGACGCGCCCACCCGAUUCACAACCUACCUAUAAAAGUCGAAACUCAUGCUGAAGAUAUACCUACCGAGAGUCAUGCCCUUGCUGUGGCAGACCAUGAAGAAAAAGGAGCAGCACAGCUAGAUCAUGGUAAUACCGAGGUGCGAGAUUUGGGUUGGAAUGAUCAGCCCGAUGAUGUUCCUGUUCCUUUGGUCGGAGGUCUGCCGAACGAACAAUUAUGGACUUUAGUACGACGAUUCAAUAAACAGAUGUACCACGUGAAAUCAUUACCAGAGCCACCAAUUGGAGGCUUGGACCUAAAUAUUGCCGACGAAGAGGAGUUCUCACCAGACAAGUUGAGGGCGAACAUUGAGCGGCUAUACAUGACAGUGAUAGUUGGGCUUGUUACCUUUUGGAAACAUAUUGCGAGGUUGAGAUCAUGGAGGGAAAGAAACCGCACAAUUCUUUUCGCCACAGUUUACUUCCUAGCUUGGUUAAUAGACUUCCUAGUGCCGACCGUUAUUGGUUUCAUGGUUGUACUUAUAGCAUGGCCACCGUCGCGAGAAUACUGCUUUCCUCCAGCACCACCCGCACUCAUCGAUAGUACAACAGGGGGAAUCAAGAAACCGACGGCAGGCGUCCUAGGCAAUGAUACCAGUUUGACGGGAGCCCCUGAGAAACAUCAAGGAGAAGCAGUUGAACAAGAAGCUAGUAACUUCGUAAAUAGCAUUACCUCCAUCGCAAUCAGCAGUGCGGCGGGGAAGCAUCCUCAGGGAGAUCCAAACGGUGAUGAAGCAGGAGCAAGUACCUUGGAGGAUGCGUCGCCAGAUCCAACAAAUAUGGCAGUAGGGGCCGCAGAUGCAAAGAGCAGCAGUGAAGGAAAUCAAAUAAAUACCCUGCACGAUAAAACAAAGGAACCCAUGAGGGCAGCGAUGUGGUCGAAGACUAGGCCGGUAAUGCAUGCCAUUGCUGACAUUUCUGAUGGAUGGGAAAGAUUCGCCAACGCUUUAUCUCCAACACCACCAUUUCCCCAGCAGAAACCUCGACUCAAGCUUGCCGGCUGUCUUGCCCCACUACUCCUCAUCUCAAUGUUUACUAGCUCGUAUAUGUUUAUGAAGAUGAAUGGCUUGUUCGUUGGUCUGGGGUUCUUCGGGGACCCAUUGAUUUGGCGAGGACUUUCGUACUUGAACCGCGAAUUCCCACAUUGGCAGAGGUUAUUGGAGAUCAGGAAUACCCUGCUUAAAGGUGUCCCUACAAAUGCUCAACUCACAAUUACAUUAUUGCGAAUUGGUGAGGCAAACGAAGCUCCAAUCCCGCCACCUCCAUCUUCCUCCCUACCGCCAUCUGAUGUUGCGCACGCUACAGCAGGUGAGGACCUUGAUCAUCUUGGUAAGUAAAUAUUUCCUCAUGAAAGUGAAAGGAAUCGAUUAACAUUCUCAGAAGGCGUAUCCGAUGCAGAAAUGGCCCAUGCCAUCCAUCCUAACGUAGAUGCGAACACAGCAAGUGUCGAUCAGCCGAAGCCGAAGAAGAAAGGCCACCGUAUCCUGGCUGCUUUUAAAAGUGUUACCAAAGGUGGUGUUGAAACUGUCUUGGGAACAGAUAGAUUGAAAGCUGCAGUAGGGGCAGAACAUGCGAAAAAUCGUCUCGGCGUUCUGAAAGAUGGGCCGGAUGACCCAGCUGGCCCUACACGGUUCCCCUGUAGAUACAAGGGUAAGAAGGGUCAUGCAUAUAUCACCGCCACUACAACAACUCCAGCAUUGAGCUGGACGACCGAGAGAGACGACAUUGAUCCUGUCUUCUCCAUACCAAUAUCUGAUAUCAUGGUGAGUUUUUAACAUGCCUCAAGAGCCACCACCAUAAUCUAAUACGGUAACAACAGGAGAUAAAGAAGGUCGGCGGCCUAGGCUGGAAAACAAGGCUUGUCGUAGGAUGGGCUACGUCGCGAGAAAUUGCAGACGGACUUCUUGUAGUCGACAAAGCUGGUGAUCAAAAGCUACUCACGGCUAUUGCAUUACGGGAAGAGCUCUUCAACCGCUUGAUUUCGAUAGGUCCGCAAAUGUGGGAAGCAUGGUAAAUAGAGCGCUUCCCGAAACGGCGCCUAAUGCAAAGGUUUUGAAGGCCUUGAUGGAUUGAUGAUCGGAUCCAAGGAUGGCCUACAAUCUAGACUAGUAGAUGGGAUAUGAAGUUUC